GAGCGAUUGGCCUUUCUGCGGAGAAGGGCGCGCCCAAGAGGGCUGGGUGAGGAGUGAUUGGUCGCUGUCGUCAGCUGCUCCAGGAAGAGAAAAUGGCUGCUUUGGAAAGAGUGAAGGUGCUGGUGCUGGGCGACUCAGGUGUGGGAAAGUCAUCACUUGUUCACCUCCUCUGUCACAAUCAGAUGUUGGGAAAUCCAUCUUGGACUGUGGGGUGCUCUGUUGAUGUGAGAAUUCAUGACUAUAAAGAAGGAACUCCAGAAGAGAAAACUUACUACAUUGAAUUAUGGGAUGUUGGUGGUUCAGUAGGCAGUGCUAGUAGUAUAAAGAGCACACGUGUCAUGUUCUACAACUCAGUUAAUGGCAUAAUAUUAGUACAUGACUUAACCAAUAAAAAGUCUUCCCAGAACUUGUAUCGAUGGUCUUUGGAAGUUCUCAACAGAGAAGCAGCUCCAUCUGGUGUCCUGGUGACAAAUGGGGACUAUGAUCGUGAGCAGUUUGCUGAUAACCAGAUUCCGCUGCUUGUCAUAGGAACCAAACUGGACCAGAUCCCAGAAAUGAAGCGCAAUGAUGUUCUGACCAGAACUGCUUUUCUUGCAGAGGAUUUUGGUGCAGAAGAAAUUAAUCUGGACUGCACCAACCCUCGGUACCUGGCUGCAGGCUCUUCUAAUGCUGUCAAGCUCAGUAGAUUUUUCGAUAAGGUCAUAGAGAAGAGAUACUAUCUACGAGAGGGUAAUCAAAUUCCUAUCUUCUCAGAAAGAAAGAGAAUUGGUGGUGGCUUUGUAAAGAACCUUCAUUAUGACUGAUCAGCACGGGCUAUCCAGAGGCGAUGGGAAAUGACUUCUCUUGACUGCAGCGUUCCUCUUGUGCUACACUAAACCAGGUUCUGUGAGCACAAAAAUCAACAAAACUUUUCAAGUUCGUUUAUGUACAAAGAAGUACUUCUUCCAGAUCUCUUUGAGAUAAUCAGAUCUUUGGGACAUUGUGACAAAUUUGUUGCAUAUGGAGUAUCGCUGUGGGAUAUACUAUCUCAUAACUCUUCUUUUGUGCAUCGUGAAAGAUUUAUGAACCCACGCUGCUUCCCUUAGAAGAACGGCGAUGCUCAGUGGACCUUGAAAAAUGAUGCAGGACACUGAGACCUAUAUACAAUCAGUUAAAAGAUCAGCGUUUUACCAGGUUGUAUUCCAGCUGAUGCUAUGCCGUUUUGUAGUCCAUUGCUAAGGGGUAUCUGCCUUAUUUGUUAACAAUAAAGAGAUGCUGAGACAGAAGUAAGCAAAUGGGAAAAGAUUUGGUAAAAGAAGUUUGAACAUAGAUGCCAUUAAUUACAAUACAUUUAUAGGGAUAGCUUAAAUUUUUAUUUUUGCUUUAAUUAUUUGACUGCUGUUCCUUACAUACACAAAUCAGCACCACUCAUACACAAGAAUGGAAUUAGCAAAUACUGUAUGUGUGUGUGUGGGGGGAGAGGCAAGCUUGUUAAAUGUACAAAUAAUCUUUAGGGAACCCUCCCAACCAGUCUCAUGAGGGAUGCUGUGAUUCAUGGUCACUGUAAAACUACUGUGUGGAGGACA